GCGUUCAUGUCACGGCUUAAAUUUUGGGAGUGGAAUUUUGGGUGUACCAAGUGUUUCCUCCUUUUGUUUCCACUUUAAUUACCUGUUCCCAUGGCAGCUCUUGUUUCUCUCAAAGCUAACUGUUAUGUAUGUGACCGACCAUUCGUUCGGGCACGAAAAUUAAGAAGCCAUCUUUUUCACCAACACGCUUCUGAUGCGUCACAUUCCCUGAUCGCUGUACACUACGAAUGCCCGUCAUGUUUUGGUCAUUAUGCCGCGAUCGAUGAGCUUAAAGCUCAUGUGACCGUGCAUGUCAGAAAUACACACCACGGCAGCAAAAAGAGGAACGCUCCAACAAGUGGCGAAGAACCAAACGAUGACUUUGGUUUUGAUUCAAGUAGCAGUGCACAAGAGAGGACUAUUAUCUGCAAGAAAACAAAAGUAUCGUAUCUCGGAAGCCAUGAUGACCCUCCUCCGGAGGUACAAGAACCACCGGAUAUCGAAAGUGACGAAGAAGGCACCGGUCUUGGAUUGCGCUCUAUGCUCUUUUUGUGGGCAUAUCGUCUGCGGGAAUCAAAACCUAUUGAGGGUAUUGAUGCGGUUAUCAAGACGAGAAAAGUGGAUUUGGCGUCAUUUACAGGGCGUUUAAUCGGGAUAUCAAUUGAUAUUAUGCAGAAAUGGCAGUCUGAGAAUUAUUUGGAUGAAAAAUUGAAAGAAACACUCAGAACAGCCUUUCUCUUUCAUUUAUCGUCAAUACUUUGAUUCCUGAAAACCCAAUGAAGACCCUAUUCGGUCAAAGAACAUG